AGGGCCUACCACACCUCACUGUACAAUACUUGUCUCCACGAAUAUGUCGGAUGGACCAUCACACACAUGAUUAUGUUACAUGUACCAUAUAUUAAUAUCUAAAUCAUCAACUAUAUAAAUUCUUCAGUCAUUCAAGUGUCAGAACAACAACGCUCACUAGAUCUAUCACAACACCUUGCUCCUCUCAUCCAACGGUUCUUUUAUCACUUCUUCUUUCUUCAGUCUGUCUCAGAAUCCAAACAUGACUUCUCUUCUGUCUCUUCUUCUUCUUGUUUUGCUCACUUUGACUUCAGUAGAGUCCAAGACUUUCUGGGCUGACGUGGCAGCUCUUAAAGAGUUCAAGAACUCUGUGGAUGCGAAAUCGAUAACCCCCGGCUCUUGCCUCAGCUCCUGGGACUUCUCCGUCGAUCCCUGCGACAAUUUAUCCGGCGAGACAUUCACUUGCGGUUUCCGCUGCGACACCGUCGUUUCCGGAUCGGGUCGGGUCACAGACCUCAGCCUCGACCACCCCGGUUACUCCGGGUCCCUCUCCUCCCUCUCCUUCAACUUUCCUUAUCUCCAGUCCCUCGAUCUCUCCGGCAACUACUUCUCCGGUCCUCUUCCGGACUCCCUCUCCAACCUCACCCGCCUCACCAGCCUAUACCUUUCCGGGAACUCCUUCUCAGGAUCCGUACCCGAUUCUCUCGGGUCCAUGCCAGCUCUCGAGGAGCUCCUCCUCGACAACAACCGCCUCUCCGGCUCCGUUCCGGCGAGUUUCAACAAUCUCUCCAGCCUCAAACGGCUAGAAAUCCAGCUGAACAACAUCUCCGGCGAGUUCCCCGAUCUGAGCUCGCUCAAGAACUUGAAUUACCUAGACGCGAGCGAUAACCGGAUCUCCGGUCGGGUCCCGUCAUCCUUACCCGGUUCAGUAGUUCAAAUCUCAAUGCGGAACAACCUCAUGGAAGGAACGAUCCCAGAGAGCUUCAGAAACUUAACAUCUCUUGAAGUUGUCGAUCUUAGCCACAACAACCUCAGUGGCUCGGUCCCGUCAUUCAUCUUCACUCAUCAGACUCUGCAACAGCUUACUCUCUCCUUCAAUGGCUUCACCUCUUUAGAUUCACCUUACUACUCACCCUCGGGUCUCCCCAGCGAGCUAAUAUCCGUCGAUCUCAGCAACAACCAGAUCCGAGGCUCGUUACCUCUGUUCAUGGGUCUGUUACCGAAGCUAUCAGCUUUGUCGUUGGAGAACAACAGCUUCUCCGGUAUGAUUCCGACACAGUACGUCUGGAAAACCGUGUCGCCAGGAUCCGAUUUCGCCGCGUUUCAGAGGCUUUUACUAGGCGGGAACUUCUUGUUCGGAGUGGUACCGGGUCCUUUGAUGGCGCUGAAGCCUGGUUCUGCGAACGUGCAGCUCGCCGGGAACUGCUUCUCGUGGUGUCCGGCGACGUUUUUCUUCUGCCAGGGUCAAGAACAGAGAUCGCUUACGGAAUGUAGAAAGUUUAGCCGUGUGAUUCCUUGAUUACUUGCUGAUUUCACCAUUCAUCUGUCUUUUUUUUGCCAUGUUUUGAAUCUUCCUGUCGGGUCGGAUCUUUUUGAUCAUCUGAAACUUUUAGUGGGGUCUUGUCUUUCGGCAAUUGCUUAUCCCUAAGCAUUAACAUGUGAUUAAGUUAAUAAAAUGCCGUUGGGAGAGACGAUGUUUUCUUA